AUGGUGCGCAAUGGGAACUCCGAUUUGGUCAAGUUUGUGGCCACUUUCUCACGGAACGGGGAGGAGGAAUAUACUAACUUUCAAUGGUAUGGACCCAUAAACACCUUAGUUGUCACCGUCGAUUGGACGCAGGGAGGUGAGUCAAUGACCGCACUGAGAAGGCAGGCCUACUUUCCCUUCUUCUUCAUCAUCUUCCUCUUUUCUACUGCAAUUCCCUCACCCGUCGCACUCCAUGUUGAGAGAGUUGCAAACCCCGUGCAAUGCACGUGGGUAUGUGAGCCACCCAAGCAACUGCAGACACGCAGAAGUAACGAGAGCAUUGCAUUGGUGUAG